CAUCGCAUAAAGAAGUAAACAAGUAAACAAGUGUGGUUCGCUGUUUUGCAGAUUCAAUCUAAAAUAUUUAAUAUUAAAAAAAUUGUUUCUCAAACCAAAUAUUAUCGUUGAUUGAAAUUCGCUGCAGCAAAAAUAAACAGUUCAAUUAUGCGGAGAAAAAUAUCGCGUUUUGAUAAGUUCCUUAAUCCAAAACAACGUGGAUCCGGAACCCCCCGAAGGGGAGAUAUAGCUCGUGAGGUGGCUUUACAAUUCGAGAAAAAGUUUCAAUUUCUUCUCAUCGACGGAUCAAAAACAAAUCCGCAUCUCCCUUCGCUAGAGACCGUUUUCGCCCCGAGGACUACUUAUGAGGUAGAAUCGCUUCAGAAGAUAAAAACCGCUCUGAACAAGGUUAAGAGCCGAUUGAACGAUUUCGAGAUCAACGACUGGCACAAGCACACCCGGCGCCGGUCCUCCCUGCAGCCGAUUCUAAGCGAAUUGCGGCACCGUGUGCGGGCGGAGUUUGUGACCCAAGCGUUCGCCAAGCUGUACGAGUGCGUCUCAGCGUACGAACUAGUCCCGCCGCUAUCCAAUGGGGAACGAGAGUUCUACAGUGUCCAUUUGUGCGAAGCCCCGGGAGCCUUCAUCACCGGGUUGAACCACUAUCUGAAGCUGAAUCGGGGAGACGCGAUGCAGUGGCGCUGGUUCGCCAAUACGCUGAACCCGUACUACGAGGGCAACUGCUUGGGAAACAUGAUUGCGGACGAUCGGUUUAUUCUGCAUACGAUCGACUCGUGGUGUUUUGGAGCGGACUAUACCGGGGAUAUCAUGCGCAAGGAGAAUCUGGCGGAGAUCGUUCGGCGGAGUAAGGUAUUUCCGAGGAUCAAUUUAGUCACCGCAGACGGUUCUAUCGACUGUUUGGAUGUGCCGGAAGCACAGGAAGCUCACGUUUCCAAACUGCACCUGGCAGAGGCGAUCACGGCCCUGAAAAUCCUGACCACCGACGGGUGUUUCAUUCUGAAAAUGUUCACCUUCUUCGAACACUCCAGCGUCGAUCUACUCUACCUGUUGUAUGUAUGUUUUCGCGAACUGCACGUAUUCAAACCGGCCACAUCUAAGCCGGGCAAUUCCGAAGUGUACGUGAUAGCGAAGUAUUUCCGAAAACCAACCAACCUCGAUGCCUACCUGGACCGAAUGUUCGAUAAUCUCCAUUCCGAGGGCUCGAUGUUCGACCUAAAGGACAUUCCGGUGGAAUUUAUCGAUCAGAUUCGAGAUUGCGCGGACCAGUUCAUGACGUUCCAACAAGAAGUGAUAGAGCACAAUAUUUAUUUCUAUCGCAUGAAUGAUGACUUUGAAAAUGUGCGAUUGGAAAUAUUCCAAACAAAGAUGUGCCAGCAUUUUUUUAAAACGUAUAAAAUCAAACCGAUUCGUCCUUCGGAAGCAAUUCUGCACGGAGUGGAUGUUUCGAACGGUUCGGUCAACAUAAAUCCGCGGGACAACCAGGGCACGUACAAUGAGCGAAGUCUCAUCAACUUGACCAAUGGAGACGCUAGACUGAAAAUUCUAAGAGAUAGAUUAGACGAUUUGUAUGACAAUAAGCCACGCUAUAUCGCUGGAGCAAAACUCUCCGAUCGACCGUAUGUGGGCUACCGGUCAAGUUUAGAAAUCAUUCAGUUGUACUGCGGUAAGUCAAUCCGACAAAUCUUGAGCAGUAAAUUUGUCAUGAUCACAUAUGUCCGAUUCCUGAGUGAAAUUACUGACACCCUUGCCAGCAUAGCUCCACCAAUAGAAGAAACUAGUCCGCUAUUAACCCUAAACCGAACCACGUAUACUCUCACAAUCGACAUCAAGGCUUACGCCGCAUUGCCGAACUACGAUUUGUUUGAGAAACAACUUUUUCACCAUAUCCUCGAAUGCAUCACAGACCUACCACUGCAGGAAGGUGUCGAUCAGUUAGUAGUCGAAAACUGGCUUUUGCUAACGCAGUUCUCCGUGGGAUUGGUGUUCUUUCUGAAAACCUACGUUUUCGAGCAGAUCGAGUGUGCACAGGGAAACAUGCUACGAUUUUCUCGCCUCAAGCCGGACGGAAUCGAAAAUUUGCGUUAUUUGAACGAAACGGUCCAGAUGGAGCAAAACGGAUGCACGGAAGGCAAAUCGGUGCUGGGCAUCGUUCCGACGUUUGUGCUCUUCGAUGGAAGCUUUUACUACGCUGUGAUCAACUACAACAAUGGGCUGUGUUUGGAUUAUUGUGCAGUGCUGCUCGAGGACGAGUAAGAAGAAUAUUUAUCUGAUGAAAAAGAUAGAAAGGGGUUAUUUUCCGACAAAAUGGAAACUUUGAAUGCUUUACACUGAAUAACUCAGUACAUCACAAAUAUGUUUUAAUAUUUUAAUAUUUUGAACUUGAACCUUUAUUGUCGUUAAUACAUAAAGCAUACUUACAAAGCAAGUCAAAAGUGAAUAUAAUUUUGAUCUGAACUCAA